AUGGAAAACUCUGAUUAGAAUUCUAAUAUUGAUGAUAGAAAUCUAUAACUCUCUUAAUUAGUUUUAUAACAGAAAAGAGAAAAAAUUGUUUUACAAAAAAAAAUUUAAGCUUUAGAAAAAUAAAAUAAGUAUUUAUCCUCUUCAUUAGAAUCUUGAAUUAAUAAAUGGAAUCAUAUAAGAAUGAAAAAGAAGAUUAAGCACUUUAAAUUAAAUAACUUAAAGAACAUAUUGCUAAAUAAGAAUCUGUCACUAUUAAAUUAAAUGGAUUGAUGUAACUAAUUUAUAUAAUGAAGAAAAAAGUUGCUUUAAAGAGAUGAUGAUAAUAUAUAACAUGAUCAUUCAUUAAGUGCACCUAAAACUGAUGCUAAAUCAAAUAAAUAUGAAAAUUUAGAUAAAAAGAAAAAAGAUUAAUAGUAAUCUAUUAUAUCAUUAUUCUUUAGGUAUAUUGAAGAAUAAUAAAAAUUGGAUCUCAAUGAAUAAAUUAUUGCUCAAUUUAAAAGAUAAUCUCAAAAAGAUCAAUCAGUUUCAAGUAAACUUCCUCCAAUUGAAGAUACAAAGAAUAAACCAAUUAUUGUUUAAGUUCCAAAAAGUUAAUUAAAGAAAAUUAAUCCUCAAUUCUUAAUUGAGCAAUUACAAAAAGAAUGA